AGGAAACCAGGUUGUAAACAUUCUAGUAGGGUUCCUCGUUUGUUAGAAUAAAGUCUAACAACAGCAAGAACAACGAAGCUACGAGUGUUUAGUGCUCAGUAUUAUCAUUAAAUAUGUCGGGCCGGGAUCCUUUCCCCUCCCCAAGGUUUGAAAACUGCUUCACCCUCAGCGGCUUCAGGCCGCAACAGACAACAACAUAUGGUAAGCCUACCCAUAUCGCCCAAACAGAGGAACCCUGGAGUCGUCUCCAUGAUGCAGCCACUUUGGCCAGCUCCCAGCGGACUGUUAUGCGUUAUGAGCAUCAGGCUCCAAUGGACAGCCUCGACUUCCAACUAAAGUCUGUCUACGAUCACCACAGGGACUUCUUCUGGUUAAAGAACCAGAUUGUAUACCAGAAGGAGACCGUCUCUGAGGACCACCGGAAGCAGGGAAACUUGAAGCAGGACUUGUUGGAGACGGAACAAGAGAAAGACAUCAGAGUGUGGGUCGAUCCACAGAGGUGCUCCAUCUACAGCAUUAAGUGAAGCUCAGGUACUUUCCAAUAAGUGCUACACUAGGGAGAAGUGAGGCAGCUUGUAUUCAAUGUAAAGCUUCCAGAACUACUAUCUUUGACUGCAACCAACAUGAGAGCUCUGUAAAUAAAGGAGUUCUCUCAGUG